AUGGAACAAGGUAAACAGUAUAAGACUACCAGAUCGAGCAAAGGAAGGUUCGAAGUUGUUUGUUUGGUUAAAAAUUGUUCAUGGAUGGUUAGGGCAAGGGAAAUCCAAUCGACUACUGCUUUACAAGUCACAAAAGUUGUUGACCAACACACAUGUUGUGCAACAAAUUUGGAGUCUAAUCAUCGACAAUCAAAGAAAAAGGUACUCGACCACUUUAUCGCUGAAGUAUUGGCCGGAGACUAUAAUAGAGUUUAUCGGGGUAAUGAAAUUGUUAGGGACAUCAAUUCGAAAUUUCCAAUCAAUAUCUCAUACCAACAGGCAUGGCGUGCAAAACAGUAUGCGUUGUUGAUGUUAAGAGGUACCAAAGAGGAUUCAUUCACCAAACUACCAACGUAUCUGCACAACUUGGUCAAGCACAAUCCAGGAAUUGUUACUCAGAUAAGAGUAGACGAUGAUGAUCAGUUUGAGUUCGUGUUUAUCGCGUUGGGUUGCUCGGUAAGCAGUGUUAAUUUUUAUAACAAAUAUAACAUAUGA